AUGCUCAACGUUCAGAGCGGAGUUUGGGGGAGGCAGGACUGGUACCCGGAAAGCCCGAGGGCCCGAGAGGACAGCGCAGGGCACUGCCCGGCGCUGGGGCCCGACCCCGCCGGGGUCCCCGGGGAGGAGGAGGAGGAGGAGGAGGACGUCGAGGCCUCCCAGCUCCACCUGCAGCUGAAGCGCAAGUUGCAGAGGAACCGGACGUCGUUCAGCUCGGAGCAGAUCGAGGCGCUGGAGAAGGAGUUUGAGCGGACCCACUACCCCGACGUCUUCGCCCGCGACCGCCUCGCGGCCAAGAUCGACCUGCCGGAGGCGCGGAUCCAGGUUUGGUUCUCAAACCGCCGAGCCAAGUGGCGCAGGGAGGAGAAGCUGCGAAGCCAGAGACGCCAGGCUGGAGGGUCGUGCUCGGGGUCAGAGCUGGGGGCCGGGGUCUUCCCCGCCCCUCGGUACCCCGGGACCCUCGCUCCUCCCCAACCCGGGCCGACUCUGGGGGCCGGGGACGCUGGGGUCCCCUCCAGCUUCGGUCCCCUGAGACCCUCCCCUGGAUUCUCGGGGAUGCAGGUCAGAGGGGGCGGGUGGGAGGAAAAAAUGGACCGAAUGGACAAAGAAGGGGCCCAGGCCCCGCCUCCCGUAGCGGCCCCCAACGCCCCCUACCCCAGCCCCGCCCCCGGCUCGGAGGGCCGCUACCCCUCCUCCCUGCCUCCACACCUGGCCCGCCCCGGCUCCGCCAGCACCGGCCUCCUGUCAACCGGCGUGUCCGUCUCCCCGGUGCCGGUUCCCGGAGCAGGCUCGGACUUGGGCCCCUUCUGGCCGCGGCUGCAGUGA